AUGUCGGCCGACGAUAUAAUAUUGUCGGGAAUGAGCGGUCGGUUCCCCCUCGCGGUCAACACCGACGAGUUCGCGAAGAAUCUGUUCGAUGGCAUCGAUAUGGUUACCGAUGAUGACAGCCGAUGGCCAAUGGGUUUAUACGAUAUAUCGAACCGAAUGGGAAAAAUUGAUGACUACAAAUUAUUUGACUCGACAUUCUUUGGGCUCAUGGAUCAGAUGGUGGAUGAGAUCGACCCCCAGUCCCGCAUGCUUUUGGAGACAUCGUAUGAGGCCAUGUGUGACGCCGGCUUGAAUCCGCAAACAUUACGUGGCAGUAGGACAGGGGUGUACGUGGGUGUGUCGCAGUACGCCAUGACCGAUGGCUACCCGGAGGACGUACAGCCGGACUCCCGGGAGUCCCUGCAGACGAUUAUGUUGCAGAACCUCUCAAACAUGAAGACCUUCUACGCCAGCCGUAUAUCCUUUGCCAACGACUUCAAGGGGCCGUCGAUGAUAGUGGACACCGCCUGCUCGGCCAGUCUCACUGCUAUGUGUCUGGCCGUCAACGACCUUAAACUCGGCUACACCGAUUCGGCUAUAGUGUGCGGCACUCAUAUGGUGUUCGAGCCGUUCAUAAACCAAUACCAACAGGAGUUGUCGGUGUGUUCACCCCGGGGUGUGUCGGCCGUCUUGGACCAGGAGGCGGACGGUUUCGUGAAAGCAGAGGCCGUGUGCUGUCUAUUCCUACAGCGACGCCGGGAUGCGCGCCGUAACUACGCUCACGUCCGCAGUGCUCGUAUGAAUGUGGACGGACACAAAAAGAUGGGCAUGUUUUUCCCGUCCAGUGAAGCACACGAACAGCUUAUGAGGACGUCGUACGAGGACUGCAACAUUGAUCCACGGGAUAUGACCUAUUUUGAGUGCCACGCCACCGGCACCAAGGCCGGAGAUCCGCAAGAAAUCAAAGCCAUUUACAACACUUAUUGCAAGUCUACGGGACGUACGGAUCCAUUGCCUAUAGGGGUGUUGAAGAGCAAUAUGGGUCACGCAGAGGCCGGUUCAGGGGUCUCGUCGGUCAUCAAAAUGAUGAUAUCGUAUGAAAACGAAUGCAUUCCUCCGAACAUUAACCUCAACACUAUUAAGGAUGAAAUCGCUCAGUAUUUCCCACCAUUGCUGGCAAUCAAGGAAAAGUACCCGUAUAAGCCUGGUAUAUUUGUGUGCACAAGUACUGUAUAA